AAUAACUUGAUAGCUGGAUAAACGUCUCCGAGACAAGCAUUAAACAUCGAAUAGUUUACAUUCAAAUUACAGUAGCGUAACAAAAAUGUCCAUGUUGACUGAGGAUACAAAUGGAGUUGUAGCUAUUGUCGGUGUUAUUGUUCUUGCAAUUGCUUCAUUAGUGGGUUUAGUUUUGUUUGUAAAUAAAGAAGAAACUUUUGAAGACGUUGUGGCAGCUCAGAAGAAGGAACAAGAAGCUUUACUCAAUUCUCUGCAAGGCGGAAAAUCAGGCAAGUCACACAAGAAAUGGAGUAAACUUAAAUCAAAAAAAGCUAAUAAGAAAGAAGGAGAGGAGCAUGACGGCGAUUCUGGUGUUGACGAUGAAGAACCAAGCUCAGAAUCUAUUGCUGCCCCAAAUACUCCUGUUGAACAAGAACUUCCCAAAAGUAAACAUUCAAUAACUUCGGUCGAACAAGCGCUUCCCAAAAGUAAACAUUCAUUAACUUCGGUUGAACAAGAACUUCCCAAAAGUAAACAUUCAGUAACUUCGGUUGAACAAGAACUUCCCAAAAAUAAACUUUCAAUAGCUUCAGUUGAACAAGAACUUCCCAAAAGUAAAUCUACAAAAAAAAAACCUAAAGCUAGUGAUAAACCUGUAAAACAGCUCCAAGAGUCACUUGAUGAAAAAAAAAAGGAUAAAGUUGAUGAAAAAAAAAAGUUAGAGGAGAAGAAGCCAAAAUCAAAAGAAGUUUUUGUUGAAGAAAUUAUUAGCCAAUCUGUUGUAAUUCCUGAUGUUGAGUAUGAGGUUAAUUCAGAAGAAACAUUGCCACCUAUAUUAAAUGAUAAGGAAACUUUUUCUUCAGAAACUAAUGUGGUUCCAUUGAAAAAUGAAAAUAUCCAGUUAAAAAAAAGUAACAAAACCAAGACUAAUAAAAAUCCCAACUCAAGUGUUAAUAGUAUAAAAGAUUCUGAAAUAAAUUCUGAUAAGCUCAUUAAAGUCAUUGAAUCACACCCUUUAAAUCCAUUGGAAGUUCAGCAAAUAAUUGAUAUAUUAUUGGCUAAGCAAAAUGAGCUAGAACAGUGGAAAAAGCCACAUCAGAAGGUCGAUCCAGUUGAACAAUUAAGGAAAGAUUUAAAUGAGUGUGAAUUAAAAUUGACAGAAGAAAGAAAAAUCACACAGUCAACAGUGCUAAAAAAUAAAGAAUUAAAAAUUGAACUACAGCAACAAAAGCAAGCAAUUCAAAGUCAAGCUAAUGAAAAGUUAAAACAGCAGGCAAUGGAGCAUGAGCUUAUUCGUAAAAAGAUGGAAGAAAAAUAUAUCUCUGAAAUGCAACGUAUGCAGUUACAGAUUAAACAGAUGCAAGAAUUAAUUGAUAGUACUUCUCAAAGUGAUUACCAUCAAAUGAAGGAGGAGAUUAACCAUUUGAAGAAUGCUGCUCUUAGAGCACAGCAACUUACUGAAGAUAAUAAAGCUUUGAUGAAUGAGCUGAAUCAGCUGCAGCAAAAUAACAAGAAAUGUCGUGCAGAUUUCGACAAUGCCAUAAUUCAAUUAAAACAAAGUGAGCAACAUCAAAAAGCAAUGCAUGAUCGCAUUGUGUUUUAUGAAAGUGAAAUUAAAGUAACACAACAAUCAAUGAAAGAAACAGAAAAGUCUCUUUCACAGCGCAUUCAAGAAGCUAACAAUGAGUUAAUGAAGGGUGAAGCUUAUAAACAACGUUUGAUUCUUGAGUUAGAUCAAUCCAAAAAAUUCAAUGAAAGCAUUGUUAUAGAAAAAGAAGCUAUUCAAAAGAAUUCUUUGUCGUUGUCGGAUGAGUUAAGAAAGCACCAAUCAAAGUUAUCUGAUGCUGAAUCUAAACUCGUUGAAACAAUGAAAAUUGUUGAAAGGUUAAACCGUGAAAAUAAAUCUGAUGAUUCGUUUCUUGUAAAGUUAUCAAAAGCUGAUCACAGUUUGAACAAUUUAGAAAAUGCACUUCAACGAGUUUUAGAUCUUGAAAAAGAGCUAGCAGAAAAUAACCAGAGUAAAGUUGAAAAUAAAUUAACUGAGCUUAACCAGUUAAAGGCAAAUCUCUCUGAAGCAGAAAAAAAAAUCAGUGACUUAAGUAACCUUAAUGCUAAAUUAGUUGAAGCUGAAAAUAAACUAAAUGAAGCUAAUCAACUUCAGGUAAAACUGUCAGAAAUGGAGAGUAAGCUUGCUGAAGCUGAGAAAUCUAGAUUACUUAUGGAGUCACAACUAACAGCAGAAUCUAAUGUUAAUACACCAAAUGAAAUUAAGAAAUAUCAAGAUGAAUUGACUGCAGUCCAUGAAAAAAUGCAACAGCUGAUUACAUCAGCUAAUGAGCAACAAACAUCUUCAAAUGAAGUCACAGAGCUAAAUAAAAAAAUAGUGGAGCUUGAACGAGAGAUAGUUGAGUUAAAAAAUCUUCUAGUAAAUAAUCCAAAACUUGAAGAGGAGCUUAAAGAAAUCAAAGAAAUCAAUAAGAAAAAAGAGGAAAUACUCAGUGACAUAAAAGCAAAAAAUAAUGAGUUGCGUGAAAAGAAUUGGAAAGCCAUGGAUGCUCUUGGGAAAUAUGAAGAGGAAUCGAAAAAAAAAAUUUCUAAAAUAGAACAGAGCUUAAAGAAAAGUUUAAAAAAACUGCAUCCAAAUGUCAAUAUACCUUCUCUAGAUGAUAAUAUAGAAGAUUUUUUUUCUAAUUAUGAAAAGUCUUAUUUUGAAAAAUCUCUAUCUGAGCAUGCAGAAACUGUAGAGGAAUUAAAACAAGCAAGAACAGAAAAUAACACCCUUGUUCAACAAUUGUCUGAUUUAAAGAUGAUGCAAAAUGAGGGAAAUGAGGAUUAUCAAAAAUGCAAAUCAGAAAAUAUUCAUUUACGCAAUGUUUUAGCAGAAACAGAGACAAUGUUAAGUCGUUUACAGGAGAGUGUAGAUUCUGAAGUUGGUAAAUGGCAAAAAAUAGUUGAUUUAAAAGAUGUUGAAUUAAAUGAAAUGCAAGUCAAAUUUAAAACAAUGGAGGAAAGUAAUAAAUCACCACAGCUUCAACUUCAACUUAAUGAUGCUAAUAUACAGUUAGACCUUCAAAAGAAAGAAGUUAAAAAACUUUGUGAAGAACUAGAAAAGGAAAAAAAAGAGUUAGUAAAACUUCAAGAAAUAUUAAACCAUGAGAAGAAAGAAGUCUUAAAAUCGCAUGAGGAGUUAGAUCAUGAGAAGAAACAAGUUGUUAAACUUCACGAAGAACUAGAUUAUGAGAAAAAAAUAAUUAUAAAACUAAACGAGGAAUUAGGCCAUGAAAAGAAAGAAGUUAUAAAACUUCACGAAGAAUUAGACCGCGAGAAAAAAGAAGUUGUAAGACUCCAUGAAGAAUUGAAAGCUGUUCAAAAUAAAUUAGAAGUUUCAAGUAAAGCAGAAGAGCAUGAACUUCAACUUAAUGAGGCUAAUGUACAGUUAGACCAUGAGAAGAAGGUAGUCAUUAAACUUCAGGAACAGUUAGAGUUAGAGAAGAAAGAAGUUGUCAAACUUCAUGAAGAAUUAAAUACAGCCACACAAAAAUUAGAAGUUUCUGCUAAAGCAGCUAAUGAGUUAGAAGAAAAACUAAAAAGUCAUGUUUCUAAGGAAAAUACCUCUGAGUUAGAUGAGUUAAACACAAAACUUAAAAAAACGAUUUCAGAGCGUGAUUUGUUAAUUCGUGAAUUCAAAACACUUAAAGAAAAAUAUGCGCAACAAGAAAAAGAUGUCUCUAAAUUUGAAACUGAUAUUAAGUCUUUAAAAGAUCAGCAUGCUGCUGAAUUAAAGAAACUGCAAGAUCAAGUUGUUGUGCUUACAGGUUCAGCUUCAUCUAAGGGAAAAGGUGACAAAGAAAAAGAUGUUCUUAUUGGAAAACUUUACUUGGAGAUACAAAAUUUAAAAGAAGAUUUGCAAGAUGCUCGUGACCAAGUAAUUGUUGAUAUGGAACCUGCAGGCUCUGAGGAUUUGCAUAAACAAGUAGAUACAUUAGCUGUUGAACUUCAAUCUGAAAAGAAAUCUAAACUUGAGUUAAGUAUGAAGCUUGAAGAUUUAGAAAGAUCAUUUCAAGGGGAACAAUCAGACAAAGAAAAACUGCUCGUCGUUGAAUCAAAGCUAAAAGCUGCAGAAGCAAGAAUUAAGGAAUUAGAAGCAGUUCAAGAAAAACAGGUAGAGAAACAAAUUGCGGACGCUAUGAAACACGAAGUAAACGAUGUAAGAAAACCUUUAUGAACUCCAUAACUAGAAUAUUUGUAUACAAAUGAAUAAGCCGAACGAAGCAGAAACAAUUUUUACUAUUUUAUACCAAAACAUUUGUAUAAUUUUGUUACGCUACUUUAAUUUCUCUGGUGUCCGGUCGUUUGGACUGCUGUACAGGUGCCAAAUGAAGAUCUUGUUCUAUAUUUAUUUGUUAAUAUUGUUUUUGAGUUGAAUAUAAAAAAGAUCUUGGUUGCAUAUUUCUAUUUGGAAAUUUAAUAUUUUCUAGAUUGUUCCGAUACCUAAUUUUUUCAUAAAUAGUUUUACAAUGUGAAAAUGUUUUAUUGUUAAUAUAAUGACUUAUUUUUUUAUGUCUUUUUUUUUUUUUUUUUUUUUUUUUUCUACUGGUGGUUUGUCUAUUUGAUGAAUUUUUGCAUGAAUGUUGAGAUAUCAUUAAUAGACCUAUAUCGUUGUUUUAAGUCAAUUUAUUUCCGCUGUUAAAUUUACUUGUGUCAUAAUAAAUUUAUUUUAUAUUGA